AUGACCUCUGGUCUGGGUUCACAUGUGAACGGGAAUGGCUUUGAUUCCGGAGGAGCCCUAAGGCGAAGUCGACCUUCUUUCGAUGACGAGCAUGAAGACUAUGGGAACAAGCGCCAAAGAACUGCCUUAGCAUGCAACCCGUGUAGGCACCGCAAAUCGCGUUGCAAUGGAGAGCGCCCAGUCUGUGCCACGUGCCGAGACUGCGGCUUCGAAUGCGUCUAUAGAGGGCCUGCCCCCGGUCCCAAGCCCCCGAGCAGGGAGAUGCAGUCCAUGGCCGACCGGCUGCGCCAUGUCGAAGACCUUUUGUCUGCUCUUGUCGGCGGUCCAGAGGGACACGUCAACGCCAGCACUGUGGUUCAGUCCUCGCAUCCGGCCGAGUCGGGAGAUAUUACAUUAGGCCGUCGAAGCUCAGGCCAGUAUCAGCAAGAUAACAACAUGACUAUUGUCUGGCCUGCCAUGCAUGAGAGCACCGUCGACGGCAUGAGCAGUGUCACCUUCGCCAACGAAUCCUCCUCUGGCUACUUUGGGCCAUCCUCCAACUCUGCUUUCAUUGGCCACGUCGCUCGUGCUCUUGCGUCAGGGGCUAGCACUUUCACUGAUGGCAGAGACUCAUCUCGAGACCUGACCUCAAACAUGUCACGGCCUGCUUCACCGCCUUUGCCUUCCGACAAGAAAGGCCCCGACCAAGUCAACCCAUAUCGACUUCCCCCACGAGCAGAGAUUGUACGGCUAGUCGAUAAGUUUUUCUCCAUUACGGGCCAGUUCUUCCCCUACAUCUCGAAGACGAGCGUGCUCCAAGUGGUAGACGACAUUGAGAUUACCAUGUUCAGCGGUGUUCGCAAAUCAUGGCUCUGCUUACUCAACACUAUCUUGGCCAUUGGCACAAGCCUCGACGUCGACAAUGCCCGACAGAGGAAGUUUCGAGAGGCCGAAUCCGAUAUUUUCUUCCAAAGAGCUCUUGCUUUGUCGCCCAUGGCACCUUCGAGUACAGAUAACUUGGAGACUGUGCAAGCACUUGCCCUCAUGACUCAGUACUCGCAAGGCACUUCAAAAUCCACGCAAACCUGGAGACUUCAUGGGCUAUUGGUACAGGCGGCUUUCCAGGUAGGCGUUCACGCUAAAGACGUCUCUGGAAAGUUGUCGGUAUUCGAGCAGGAAUCUCGAGCGAGAACAUGGUAUACCUGCGUUAUCCUAGACAGAAUUUUGAGCAUGACUUUCGGAAGGCCUGCUUUAAUUCAUAAUGAGCUUGUCCAGAUCGAUUUGCCACAAGAUGUAGAUCUCGACAGCUUACCCAAGGAUGAUGCCCCUUGCGAGACGACACAACAUUCUCCGUCCGGAUUAUCCCCUUGUGGUAUCUUCAUCGCCAGCAUAAACCUCUAUCGAGUCCAGGGUGACAUCAUUGGUAAAGUCUACAACCACAAUGCUAUCUCUUCGCGCACGCUACGUUCGGAUGAACUCUUCAGCAGGAUAGCCACUUUGGACUAUGAGCUUAGUCAAUGGAAACGAAAUCUCCCUCUUACCAUCGCAUUGCUGCCUUUAGAAUCUCUCGAAGGAAUGGAGGUCGAGAAAUGGGCCUACACCCAGACGCAGACGGUGCUCACUCUCCGCUACCUGAAUUCGCGAACGCUUCUGUUCCGAAAGAUGCUCGAGCACAUGUUGAACCAGGUAGCGCAUCCAGAAUCGAUGUUGGAGGACAGCGAUUGCAUGCCACCCCUUGGUGAUUCCAUGGUACAGACAUGCACUAUGAUGGCGAUCUAUACAAUUUCACUCAUUCACAAAGUUCGAACACGGUUCGAUCUCCUUCCUGCCUGGUGGUUUACUACAUAUUACGGUAGAGCUCCCAUUCAUCUGAUGGAAUUAUUGCUGACUUUGUUGCAGCAUUCAAUUCGGCAAUGA